CGCUUUUGUGUGGGGACGGUGAGGCGCUCCGACUGUGUGUGUGCUAACAGGCUAACGACACUGUUAGCUUCGUCUCCACUCCCUUCCAGCUUUGGCGAGCUACUUCUGUUGGUUUUUUUUUUUUUAUUAAACAAUAAAAAACGGUGCUUCUGUGGAAACGCUCUGCCGGGCGACUGACUGGGUCCGUCGGAACGGACCAAGUAGUGAUUUCGUGGCUACUACUGUACUGUCCAUAACGAGCUGAGUGACGUGACUGUCGGACCACAUUCAAGUCUGUUUCAGCUGCCCUCUCACAAGCAUAGUGGAAGAACAAGAGCAGGGGCAGGAAGUCCAUGUGGUGAGAGCAAUGGACAGUACAAAUGGAAUGAGACCCCCUUGCCCUCACCCUGUGAAUGAGCUGCCAGGGAUUACCUUGGGGGCGGUUUUUAGUGUUAGCCACCCCUGCUGCCUGGGCCGCACCGCUUGAAAUGGAUCACGCGCCACGUGGUUACUGAAGACGUAGCACGGGGUGGCUAGCCGAGAGACAGAGCUUCAUCAUCGACUGUAAAUGGGAAGAGGUUUGACUGAAAACUGGAGUGGAAUGCAAUCCUCUUGAGGAGCUGGGGGGAGUGAGGUUGGGAGUGUGAGAAGCAGAUAGUUGUUUUAAGGAGGAGGACCAGAGCCUGGUGAUCCAGGGGGGGAAUCUGGACAGUGGUGAAGGAGAAAGAGGAGUGAGUGAGUCAUGGGCUGCAGGGGCCAUGGUGACCUAGCUUAAAUGGCUGUCUGUGAGGAGAGCUCAGUGCCACUGUCUGCUGCUCAACCCUCCCAUUCCUGUCCCUGCUCUGUGGUUUUGCCCGCCACUGCCCUGUUCCCACCACCCUCAACUUGGCCUGCCCGCUGCUGCCAUGGUGGGCGUCUGGAAACUGAGGCAGCUGGAGCUUCACCGCCUCAUCCUGGCGCUCAUCGUUUUCUCCCUGUUGUCUAUGGCUUUCCUGGCCUACUAUGUCAGCAGCAGCCCCAAGAUAAAGGAGGCGCCCCCCUUGCCUUUCAGUGACUGUGGGGCAGCAGCUGCUUCAUCGGGGGGACAGCGGGCGCCCCUCUUCCUGCCGCUGCAGGCUAGCAGGCGCUUCGUCAAGACAGUGGACAAUUCACGCACAGAACCUGUAGUGUUAGUCUUCGUUGAGAGCAUCUACUCGCAGUUGGGCCAAGAGAUUGUGGCCAUCCUAGAGUCUAGUCGCUUCAAGUACCGAACUGAGAUUGCCCCUGGCAAGGGGGACAUGCCCACACUUACAGAAGGUAACCGUGGUCGCUAUGCCCUCAUCAUCUAUGAGAACAUCCUCAAGUACGUCAACCUCGACGCAUGGAACCGCGAGCUCCUUGACAAGUACUGUGUGGAGUUCAGCGUGGGAAUCAUUGGCUUCUUCAAGGCCAAUGAGAACUCACUGCUCAGUGCACAACUAAAGGGCUUCCCUUUGUUCCUGUACUCAAACCUGGGCCUCAGGGACUACCGCAUCAACCCCGCCGCUCCACUGCUCUACAUCACUCAGGCCAAUGAGGUGGAACGGGGCCCUCUGCCAGGGGAUGACUGGACCGUUUUCCAGUCCAACCAUAGUACCUACGAGCCAGUGCUUCUGGCCAGCACACGGACCUCGGACGCACUUUCCCAUCUUGGCUCCCAUCUGGGCUCCCAGCGUGUGGCACAUGCCACUGUUGUGCAGGAUCUUGGUCUUCAUGAUGGCAUCCAAAGGGUGCUCUUUGGCAACAACCUCUCCUUCUGGUUGCACAAGCUAAUCUUUGUAGAUGCCAUUGCUUAUCUGACAGGCAAGCGUCUCUGCCUGUCACUGGAGCGCUACCUGCUGGUGGAUGUGGAUGACAUUUUUGUGGGCAAAGAAGGCACCCGCAUGAAGGUUUCAGACGUGGAAGCUCUGCUUAACACUCAGAAUAGACUUCGAACCCUGGUCCCCAACUUCACCUUCAAUCUGGGCUUUUCUGGAAAGUUCUACCAUACAGGGACUGAUGAGGAGGACCGCGGCGAUGACAUGCUGUUGCAGCACAGGAAGGAGUUCUGGUGGUUCCCCCACAUGUGGAGCCACAUGCAGCCCCACCUGUUCCACAACGUUACCGUGCUGGCCGAGCAGAUGCGUCUGAACAUGCUGUUCGCCAAGGAGCAUGGGAUUCCCACAGAUAUGGGCUACGCCGUGGCACCCCACCAUUCAGGGGUGUAUCCUGUGCACAGCCAGCUGUAUGAGGCCUGGAAGGCAGUCUGGGGGAUCCGGGUGACCAGCACAGAGGAGUACCCCCACCUGCGUCCUGCCCGCUACCGCCGUGGAUUCAUCCACAGUAGCAUCAUGGUUCUACCCAGACAGACGUGUGGUCUCUUCACUCACACCAUCUUCUACAACGAGUAUCCAGGGGGAUCCAAGGAGUUGGACAAGAGCAUCCGCGGUGGAGAGCUUUUCCUAACGGUGCUGUUGAACCCGAUCAGCAUCUUCAUGACUCACCUGUCGAACUAUGGCAAUGACCGGCUAGGCCUAUACACCUUUGAGUCCCUGGUGAAGUUUGUGCAGUGCUGGACAAACCUGCGGCUGCAAACGCUGCCUCCAGUGCAGCUGGCUGAGAAGUACUUCCACAUCUUCCCUGAAGAGAGAGACCCCUUGUGGCAGAAUCCUUGCCACGACAAGAGACACAAAGACAUCUGGUCUAAAGAGAAGACCUGUGACCGGUUACCAAAGUUUCUGGUCAUUGGUCCACAGAAAACAGGUACCACAGCACUACAUUCGUUCCUUAGCCUACAUCCUGCUGUUACUGCCAAUUUCCAAAGCCCUGUCACUUUUGAGGAGAUACAGUUCUUCAACGGACCCAACUAUCAUAACGGCAUCGACUGGUACAUGGACUUCUUUCCCUUCCCCUCCAAUGCCAGCACAGACUUCAUGUUUGAGAAGAGUGCCAACUACUUUGACACGGAGGUGGCUCCCAAACGAGCAGCCGCCCUGCUGCCCCGAGCCAAGAUCCUGGCAGUGCUCAUCAACCCAGCUGACCGGGCAUACUCCUGGUACCAGCACCAGCGGGCCCAUCAAGACCCCGCAGCCCUCAACUAUACCUUCCACCAGGUAGUGACAGCUGGGCCCACAUCCUCACCCGAGCUCCUGACCCUGCAGCGCCGGAGCCUGGUGCCAGGGGCCUACGCUACACACUUAGAGCGCUGGCUUCGCUACUACCAGCCCACCCAGCUGUUUAUAGUGGAUGGAGCCCAGCUGCGCUCCAACCCUGUGCAAGUUAUGGAUGGUGUCCAGAGGUUCCUGGGUGUCACCCCCAUCUUCAACUAUACCCAGGCGCUGAUGUUUGAUGAAAGCAAAGGCUUCUGGUGCCAGAAAACGGAGGGCAGUCGCCCCAAAUGCCUGGGGAAGAGCAAGGGCAGGAAGUACCCAGAGAUGGGCACAGAGACGCGCUCCUUCCUGACAGAGUACUAUCGUGAACACAACAUGGAGCUUCUGAAGCUGCUGAAUCGGUUGGGGCAAGCACUGCCAUCCUGGCUCAGGGAGGAGAUCCAGAACACAAGCUGGAGCUGAGUGGAACCUCUACUAGGAGUCUCACUGGGAGGAUGGAGACUGGGGGCCAGGAGCUAGCACACUCCCGAGCUCAAAUUGCCACCAGAGUCCAUGAACCUCCUCUUGUUUCGCUGGAGAGGAGCAGCAUGGGAGCUGACGUAGCUUUGCAGCAGCAAGGGAUAAAGCGGGCCUGCCGGACAUACGUACACAUGCAGUAUAUUUUUCCACAUUUGGAGUUGGCACUGCACUGGCUCAGUUUGGACUUUGUGCUCUGUGAUUGGGUUGUAAGCAAAAUAACCCCUAGCCCCCCACCACCACCACAAAGACUUAAGCAGGCAGGAAACACUACAGGUUGGCAACACAGAAUGGAGGCAUGAGCCUCAUCAUGCAUUUAUUGUGAAGAACAAUUGUAAAACAUUGUACAUUUUUGAAUCUGUUGUAUAUUUUGGGUUUGUCUCUGAGGACAGAACAGAUAUGGACUAAGAGGAAGGCCUGCGAACUGAAGUCAAAAGUAAAGCAGCCUGUGAGCUCUUCCUCAUUCUACUCCUCCUGUCCAUUCAAGGAGAGCCUCUGAUGAGCAUUGCUAUAGCUCUGCCCCCCCCCGUGGACGUUCUCUGCUGGCCACUCUCUCUGGGACCAGACCACUCUACAGAUGCGCACACAUAUCUACAGACAAUCAAACGUUUAAAUAGAGCCUUGCAUGCUCACUGAGUGGGGCAGGAAACAAGGUGGAGAUGUAUUUCCACCCUCAAGGACAUGAACUGUAUGGGAGUCACUGUGAAGCUGUGGUGAGACUUUCAAAAACAAGGAGCUGCUCUUUUUUGUGUAUUUUGUAAAAACGGUCUUAAAAAAAAAAAAACAAAAAAAAGAAAG